CCUUCCUCGACUAUGGCAGCAUGGAAAUGGGGCUGGACCCCUCGAUCCAAGACUUCUUUUGGGUAUUGUUUUGAUGGGAUCAAGGGAUAGCGGGAAUUGCUUUGAAACGAAGAAAUAUGGUUGGGAUCGGCCAUGGCUGGGCUGAGCAUGCCAAUGGGAACGUGUAUCAUGUCUUUGUCUUUUUUGCUCGUGCAUUCUGCCAACUAUGCCUUUCUUUCUUUGAACCAGGCGGUCUCGGGUUGGACUGUACAUUCAUUCAUGAUCUUCAAUCACUCCUUCAUGUUGCUUGAGCGAAGCUUCGGGCUUUGGCGGUCUGCACGUACCUUGUCUGAGAACUUACUGUUUGAGAACUUACUGUCCGAGCCCAGUGAGGCAAGGAAAGGCAGCGCAUGUACGCAGAUGACCGACAGACUGGCGAAUCAAGCGAGGCGCUCCAGGCAGAGGAUCUCUUUGUCACCCCCUGUAUAUGGAGAGCGCCUGGUUGUCCAAUCAUUUAUCGCGAUGAGAGCGUUGCGAGAGGGAUAGUUUGCUGGGAAGGUCCAAAAGUGAAAGCAGUGUUGCCUUGGCCAAGGUAGCACUGGUUGGAUUAGUACACUUACAAGCACCAGAUAAGAAUGCAUGCUAGACUCCUCGAUCUUUGAAAGUAGUUCCAGUCUAUUCACAGGUCAGCUGCAAGGGAGGGAGGUAGAUACCGCCCUGCCGCGCA